UCUGACUCCACCAGUCAAAAUGCAUUGCUGGAGGCCAGCUCCUGCCUGGCCGUGUGGCGUGCGGUCUCGGAGCUCUUGACCAAAGCGAUGCAUCCGCAGUGGGAUGCCUUGGCGCCCGAGCAGCCCGAGGCGACGGAGAAAGAGGAGGUGAAGGGGGCAGAUGCGAUGGAGGUUGACGCAACGGCAACCCCCUCAACAUCACGAAGUGUGAAGCGCCACGAACUGGUUUUCAGGAAGUUUGCCGAGGAGGUGAUGCGGCAGAAUGAAGAUUUGCGACCUCGUCUUCCAUCCAAGCGAUGCCAGAUGUCCGUGGGCCAGGUGUUUUUUACUCACGGCGAGGUGAGCCCGCAGUUCCGCAACGGAGACACCUUGACGCAGCUGGUCUCUGACCUGCGGCGCGGCCGUGUGCUGCCCUCGCAGGACGACCGCUUGCGGCUGGAGGUCUUCCGGCUGAAGCAGCGCGUGCGCUCGGUGAACAAUCGGCGCUUGUGGGUGCUGAAGGAGUUUCAGAAAGAGCACAGCGAAAGUACAGUGGAAGUGUGCGUGAACAUCCAUCCCCUUUGCAAGGGCACUGCCAAGUUCAUAGCGGAUCUGUGCGAGUGUACGCCUGUCUCAUCGGAAGUGGCCGCACACCCUGACACUCUGGCGGCCCAAGCGACUCUGAAGGACAUUGCAGCGGAGCGGAACUGCAGCAACGCUCCGCCGUGGGCGUUGGAAGAUCGAGCCGAACUGCGAAGUGAUCUGGUUGGCAACUUCCCGAGAGUUGUCGAAAUGGCAAGGGAACCGCCAGAGGUCUUGGUCUUGGCAGAUUUGGCCAUGUCGCAGUGGAUGAGCUCCAAUUUGCUGGGCAGAGAGCUGGAAGCGUCGCGCAGAGAAAGCGUCGCAGAGAGCUGGAAGACUUUGAGUUCGUUCCCAGACAACAUCGCAGGGUCCUCGUAUUCGUCCGUUCGUGUUCAGGAUCGGGGCUUGGCUGAAGGCUAUCGUACUGGGCAGAAGACCCUGGACGUGGUGGAGUUCCAAGAUGGCUUGUACAUCGCGGAUCGAAAGCUUGGUCAAGCAUUACACGCUGUGCAACUGGAGCAGAAAGAGCGCUUCUGUGUGAAGAUCCGUGUGAUCCCGUUGUGUCCCCACACUGCGAAGGUGGUGUUGGCCAACAGUUCCCAGAACAACGGUGACAGUGUGAAAAUUCGGGGCACACUCCAAGAUGGUGAUGAAUGGCCUCUGGAUCGGAUCGUGUUGCUGCUUUUGGAGCUCGCCCUGGCCGUGUGUGACUCACCCCGUGCGUCGCAGAUCUUCGGGAUCCUUGCGUCGGGACGGCUGCUGGGGGAGCGCUCCGCGUUGAUCACAUCGAUCAGAUCCAAGAAGCGGUUGUCCCAGAAGAUCCUGCAAAAGUCUUGGCCCUUCCUGCAGCAGCUGAUGAAUCUUGCACCGUCCAAGUUCGACACCGCCUUGCCAAUUUGUAGAUACCUUUGCAAGGCCAGCCAGGGGAGUACUCCUGCCGAAGCCAUCUCGCCCUUUGCCGGUCUGAGACUGAGGCAACUCUUGUCUCUGGUGUCCGCUGCGUCUUCAAGACUUUCCACUGGCGCUCCACAGGAUGUCUGCUGGAACUGCAUGCCGCUGGUCCCUUCGGCGCUGGAGCUGAAGUCGUUGAAGAUUUUGCCCAACGGACGAGCACAACGCUCUGCCUUGCAACGGCUUCCAGUGGUGAGGCAGAUCGGAAGCUAUAAGUCUGCAGGUGAGUACUUCGACACGUAUUUCCGCUUGCUCCGGGAGGACUGCAUCUCUGCCAUUCGCCAUUCCAUCGCCUACGUCCGCGAGCAUGGGCUGGGCCGAAAUGGACCAAAGCAAGAGAGGGAAGCGGACGACAAUGUCUUCAGAGCUACACUGAAAGGCUUCACAGUUGGUAAAGGUGAUGGUGCUGAUAGUCGGAUCAAGGUCUGCGACCAGGACUUUUCAGAUCCCAUUUGGCUCCUGGCGGCACGACGUGAUCUGAAACACUCCGAGGUGGCCUUGGAGUUCUACGACGGAGACGGAGGUGGACACCGCUCCGGUUCGGGCGGGCAGCUAACGAGCGCGCUGGCGCGGCUGGCGAGCGCGCGGCAGCUGACGUUGAUCGCCUCGCCCACGUACUUUCGCUCCUUUGAGCCGGUGUUGCAGAGCCUCAAGACGUGGGAGACGGUUGGCCUACCGUUCGAGAAAGAGCUGGUGGAAUGCCAGCACGUCGAACGAUGCAGCAUGCUCUCAGAUCAGAGGGUUCAACGCGGAUUGAUCUUCGAAGAUAAGCCGUUGAUAGAAGAGGAAGCCUGUCAAGUGGCGUCGCGAGCGCCUGCGCCGGUCGCCAGCGGUCGGAAGGAUGUGCAGCGGGCCCGGGCGAAGCUGGAAGAAGUUGGGUCCUCCUUGGUGGGGAAAGAGAUGUUCGUGGCCACCGACGGAGGGAUCGGAGAGGCGCCCGAGAUCCCAAAAGCAGAUGACUCGGGUGGUUCUUUCAUGCAAAGCUUGGGAAGUCCAAGACCGGUGACACUGGCGAUGAAGCAACGGAUGUACCAAGUCGUUGGCAUCUCUGCAGAUGCCAUCGGCCUCUCGUGGCCUUUGAUGGAGAACGUCCAAACGGAGGUGGAGGAGCCCCGAGUAAGUAGCGGUCCUGGACCUUCUUUCGGUGACGUGCGAUUCCUGGCGCCGGGUUCUUCCUCCGCUGCGCGCGUCACCGACGAGAUUCUGACCUGCACGGGCAGCCGGGAGCUCCGCUUCCGCAUUUCAGCCCUGGCUGGCACUGUGGAGCAUCUCCGACGUGAGAUCUCCAAUGCGCUCGAGAAUCCCAGCGGGCCGUUGGCGAAAGCCACCACUUGGGACCCGAGCCAAUUGCAGGCAGCGGAGCAUGCUCUGAAGUGUCGAGUGGCAUUGAUUCAAGGCCCACCCGGCACAGGUAAGACCUUCAUCGGCUGCAAGUUGCUGCAAAUGUUCCUGCCCAACUCACGUGUGCUGGUCCUGACCUACAAGAACCAUGCAUUAGAUGACUUUCUGCAACAUUGCCUCCAAGCAGGUUAUGUGGAUACAGUGGCGCGCGUGGGAGGCCGCAGCAAUGAUGACUCCCAAGAACUACAGUCCUGCAACCUGAGGAGCCUCCGAAAGAAGUUGCAAUCACGCACUGGCAAGCGGAAGAAUGACGCCGAUGUUGACCAGGCCAUCCACAAAUUGAUGGCUUUAGCAUCGCAAGCGAAGUUCGUGGUGGCCGCUGAGCAACAUAAGCUCUUGGUGGCGCUGCACCAUUUCCUCGACAGAGGAGUGCACACUGUGGAGACCUUCUUAAUGGCGAUGUCUGGUCAGGGUCAGGAGAUCAUCCUCUUUCUGCAAGAGUGGAUGCAAGUUUGGCUUCAGGAGGAUCCAAAUCGGACAGGCAAUCACCACCACCGGCAGUUCUUGGAAUGUGCAGACAUUGUCGGACACUCCUUAGACCAACGUUGGGAGCAGCUACCUGAACUGCUCGGCGACAGCUCUGAACAAGAGGAGCAAGUGAUAUGGGCAUGUUAUUGGCUACGGGACUAUCUUGAUCGAGCUCUCAUGGAUUGGUAUCCUCCAGGAAAGCAUGUGGCAGAAGUGGCACGAGCGUAUUUUGGACAGGAUUGUGAGCAAGAUCCAGACGAAGAAGCUCCAGCGAGGGUGGUCUCUGCGGAUGAGGCAGUUGUUGUGAUUGAUAGCCAGGAGGACUUGAAGAAGGUUUCCGCUGCCCUUCAACAGAAUUUGCAGGUCCUGCAUGCGGUGCAGCUUCAUGACGGUGUGCUGAUCGAGAAGGGCUGGACACUCCACCGGUGUGUCGACCGAACCGGCGCGGAGGUGCUUUGCGCUCCACAGCUGUGGCGCGACCAGGCGGCUCUGGCACAGCGGCCUCUGAGCCUGUUCUUCGAGCCGGACGACGAGGCAGAACGCGAGCUCCAAGCGGAGAUCGAAGCCGAACGGCUGCAAGGUGCCGGAACCGAUGCCCGGGAGUCUCUGAGCGAAGCGGAGCGGAAGGCAUUGAUCCCAGCGCGGCGAGAAGGCGAGCGUGACAGACACGAAGGCCGUCCACACGUGCGGGUGCCCUACAAAGUGUCUGGCCAGGGCGACUGUGUGGAGCGGUGGCCGAAUGGAGCACUCUUUCACUUGAACAAAGAGGAGCGGGCGAAAGUUGUGGUACAGCAGAUUGCGCAACAAGCCCAGAGCCGUUUCCAGCAGCUGGAGGAAGCUGUUCAAGGACUGGCUACUGCGUGCGCUGAGGAAGAGGCCAAUGACAUGAACUUCAGCAGCAAAAUUCUGGAGACGAAGAAGAUCAUUGGUAUGACCAUUACUGGCGCAUCAAUCAACAUUGGCUUGCUAAAGCAAGUGAAGCCUGAUGUCGUCAUUGUUGAAGAAGCAGCCGAAGUACUUGAACCUCAAAUUCUUGCUGUCCUUGGCCCAUGGGUGAAGAAUUUGAUUUUGAUCGGAGAUCACCGACAAUUGCCACCUCCAGUUGAAACCUACACUCUGAAGCAAAACCACCUCUUCGACACGAGCAUGCUGGAGCGGCUGAUUCAUAACAAGCUGCCAAAUGUGGAGCUCAGUCGACAAGGUCGGAUGCUGCCAUCACUCUGCCGGCUCUUGAGUCCGAUCUAUCCAUUCCUGGGCAACAAUGAGAAAGUCGUCAAGAAGCUUCGGGCCCCUGAAUGCGUGGAAUCAGAAGUCUUCUUCUGGAAUUGCCCUCACGAAGAGGAGAAGGCUGAGAGGAGCCAUGUCAACAAUCACGAAUGUGAACGGGCGGUGCGCUUAACGUUCUUCUUUAUCUCGCAGGGCUAUCAGCCUUCGAAGAUUACGGUGUUGGCAGCGUAUCAAGCGCAAACGUUUUUGAUCAAUCGUGAAAUCAAGAAACAGCUGCCUGAGUACCUCCGGGGAAUUGGUUUCAAGCGCGAACUCGUUUCCUUCAAAGCAGAACUGGACCCAAGCCUCAUCAAGCGUGGUAAUGUGGUGGAUAUCACGGACACUGUCCUUGAACAAGGCCGAGUGCUUGGAGCAGGAGGGCAAAAGGUGAAGACUGGCAGGUACAUUCUCAAGUCGCCAGUGCCUGAUGGACAAAACGAAAAGAUUGAAGUUCAAUUGGAACCUUCCAACUUGCAGCCGGAUGAGACGCCGGAGGUGAGCACCAUCGACCGGUACCAGGGCGCUGAGAACGAGAUCGUGAUCGUGUCGUUGGUUCGGUCCAACGCCGAGAAGAAGCUGGGGUUUUUGGGCACCGAAGAUGGCAGAAAUCGCAUGUGCGUUGCGCAAUCAAGAGCAAGGUGUGGCUUGUAUUUCAUUGGCAAUGUGGAGUGCUUGCGUUCAGCCAACCACUGGAGAGAGCUGUUGGACAUGCUACAGGAACGAGGAUGCGUUGGAGACCAGUUUCCGCAAAGAUGUCCGCGACAUCCUCACAUACAGAACUUUGCCACGGAAGCAAAUGAAGUUGGCUUUGUGUGCAAGCAACUGUGCGGGAAGGCCUUCGGCUGUGGGAUUGCUGAUCAUGUGUGCAAGCGCCAAUGUCACCCCGACGAAGGGAGUCACCAUGCUGACAAGUGCGUCUAUACCGUGCAGAAGACCUAUCAGUGCCACGAGUCGCCGGCCCACGUCUUUGAAACACCUUGCAGGAUCGAAACUGAGAGUCAACCGUGCCCAUUCAUCGAAAAGCUGCGGUGCAAGCGUGGUUGCCACACACUCAAGCGGAUGUGUGGGCAAAACACCGAGUCACUUGUGAAUGGUUGCACGAACCGUUGCCCCACUCAACUGGCAUGUGGACAUGAAUGUCCCAAUCGGUGUUCACAAGUGUGCGUGCAGGACGGAGACUGUCAAAUAUUGAAACGCUUUGACUGCCCUGUGUGCCCCGAUCACAAGAAGAUUUGGAGCGAAUGCAAUUCCUCUGCUCAGCAGGUGGCUGCCAAAUGCAAAUCCAAAUGCAGCAAGUUGUUGGCUUGUAAACAUCAUUGCAAUGAGCUGUGCAGCGAGGAAUGCACGACCCGAUGUGAGAAACGCUGCAAAAAGCUGCUGGAAUGUGGGCACUUGUGUCCCAACAAGUGCUUGGAAGAGUGUGGCAAAGUCUCUGAUUGCAAGGUGCUGAAAUUGUUCGAUUGCCCGGCCUUUCCUCGUUUGCAUCGGAGGAUACAAAGCGCAUGCAAUUCCAACCAGGCAGAGCUUGCGAUGCAAUGCGAAUCUCGUUGUAGUCGGCAACUGGAUUGUGGGCAUCCUUGUGGUGAGAAGUGUUGUGAUCCGUGCACGAAGCAGUGCGAGAUGCCAUGCCCAAAAAAGCUGGCUUGUGGGCACUUGUGUCCCCAAAAGUGCUCGGAAGAGUGUGGCAAGGUCUCUGAUUGCAGGGUGCUGAAAUUGUUCGAUUGCCCGGCCUUUCCACAAUCGCAUCGCAAGAUACAAAGCGCAUGCAAUUCCAGCCAGGCAGAGCUUGCAAUGCAAUGUGAAUCUCGUUGUAGUCGGCCACUGGAUUGUGGGCAUCCUUGUGGUGAGAAGUGUUGUGAUCCUUGCACCAAGCAGUGCCAGAUGCCAUGUGCUAAAAAGCUGGAAUGUGGGCACCCAUGUCCACAGAAGUGCUGGGAGAGUUGUCCGAGCGCCAGUUGCAGAGCGCUUUGCGGCCGGCCUUGUGGGUCUUGUGGACAUGCGUGUGAAGAACGCUGCUGCGACCCAUGCAAGUGCCUCCAACCCUGCAUCAGGGACCUGGACUGUGGACAUGUUUGUGGUAUGAAGUGCCAUGAAGCAUGCAAGUGCAUGAUGCCAAAGAAAGUGCUAUGCCAGCGAACGACAGGAAGACCCCAUGAAGUGCAAGGCCUUUGUGGUGAACGAGACGAGGACAUUGCUUCACGCUGUCAAGAGGCUUGCGGCGAAAUGUUGCCAUGCGGUCACACUUGCAAGAAGACCUGCAGUGCGUGUAUGCCACAUCAACCGGCUGAGUGCAAUGAACCUUGCGGUCGGGAUCUUCCGUGUGGCCAUCCCUGUGACCGUCCCUGUGGAGAAUGUGAGACCACUUGUGGUGCCUGCCUGAGAUGCACGAAGCCUCCAGCGCCCAAGGCCAUGCCCAAGCCGGCGACCAAGCGGAUGCCCCGACCUGCAGCGGAGGCACCCCGACCUGAGCCGCAACCCGAAGUGCCUCGAGCCGCGCCGCGACCAGAAUUGCCCCGGCGCAGGGUCGUUGAUGACCGCGAAGAAGCAGGUCCGGCGCCUCGACGCCGCGACGACCGACGCGGCCACGAACGCCGCAGAGCCUCACCUCACCGCGAGGAGCGAGCGAGGAAGCCGUGGAGAGGACGGGAUCGAGGACGAAGAGGAUGA